AUGAAUAUGCAAGGCUUAUUUGCUAUCCUCUUCCUGUGCUUUGUUACUUCUUCACAAGCUGAUCCUAUUUUUGACGUCCUCAAGUAUGGUGCUUCGGGGAAUGGACAAACUGAUGAUUCACAAGCUUUCAUGAAAGCAUGGAAAGAUGUUUGUAAAGCAACAAAGGGCUAUCCAACCCUUCUGGUGCCAAAGGGAAGAACGUUUGUGCUGCAGCCCAUGGUUUUCCAAGGUCCUUGCAAGGCUCCAUCCAUUAAUUUUAAGAUUCAAGGAACCAUAAGGGCUCCAAGAGGCAUCAGUUCUUGGAAAUGGCCGAGCAGUGAUAGAAACACAUGGCUUCAAUUUGAAUACAUAAAACGACUUGUUGUGGAUGGCAGAGGAGUUUUUGAUGGCCAAGGUGCACCAUGGUGGGACUGUUUCAAAAAGUCCAAAUGUCAAAGACCACGUGCUAUAUCAUUUCACGCUUGUGAGGGGCUUAGAGUUAAUAGGGUGAAUGUGAUUAACAGCCCCGCAGGUCACAUAUGCUUAAGUAGUUGCAAUAGCUCUGUUGUCUCCAACAUCCACCUUCGUGCUCCUAAGGAUAGCCCUAACACUGAUGGCCUUGGAAUCUCCGAGUCAUCCCAUGUCACAAUCCGAGAUUCUACCAUGGAAGUUGGUGAUGACUGCGUGGCCAUUAACGGAGGUUCCUACAUGAACAUUAGCGGCAUCUUCUGCGGACCUGGUCAUGGCAUAAGCAUCGGAAGCCUGGGAAGUGGUGGAAGCUACGGCGCAGUGGAAGAAGUCCAUGUCAGAAAUUGCACCUUCACCAGAUCUUCAAAUGGAGCGAGAAUCAAGACUUGGGAGGGAGGAUUUGGGUAUGUCAGAAAGGUCACAUUUGAGGACAUACUACUGAAAGAUGUUCAGUACCCAGUGCUCAUUGACCAACACUACACUGCUUAUACUGCAGCUGACAACAAAAAGGCUAUAAAAAUCAGUGACAUUACAUACAGGAAUUUCCGAGGAACUUCAACUUUAGAGGAAGCAGUCAAAUUGAUGUGUGAUAAUGCCGUAGGAUGCACCAACAUUCUGUUGGACGAUAUCAAAAUUACAUCGUCUGAUCCUAAAAUGAAGACCAAGGCCACCUGCUCGAAUGCUCAUGGCAAAAGUUCUGCCUCCAACAUUCCUCAAGUUUCAUGCCUUCUAAAGUGA